AUGUCGACAACGUAUCGUCAACCCGAGCUGGUCUCGCCGGACGUCCAUCCGAUGAAGCUCACACCUCGCAACCAGCUCCUUGCUGAAACCAUGUUGAGGACGACAAGAUUAUAUGUCAGGCGCCGAAUUCGACAAUCUUUGCAGCAAGCCUCGAAAAAAUCCACCUUGUGUUCGCUUGAACAGAAGAAACCUUGUGCAGCGGGGUCAGACUUUGUCCAUGUCCAAUCUGCCUGCGAUCAAGUCUUUGCCAUACAGGAGCUUGCGGACGCUAUUCUCGCCCACCUCGGCGACUUUCACGAUGUAUCUUGUUGUUUGGCCGUCAAUCGAACCUUCCGCCAUGCCGUCCAACAAUCAAUCGCUUGUAAACUCACGGCACUGCCUUUCAAAGCGUGUGAGGACCCACAUCUGUUCCAUAUGGAGAAACAGCUCGAUCUUGUGCGCUCGGCAUCCUACUGGUGGAGCCAUGCGCAACGAUUCUCUAUGAACUCAGGGAAUAUCUUCUAUCCUCGUAAUGCUCCAUGGCCAAUGCUAGUCUCCGUAUACGAUGUAUACAAUUCCAUUGGCGAACAUCGAAAAUCUCGUGUCACUGUCGACAUGGGGUUCUCUUCUGAUGGGCACACUCCCGGAGACUUCAGACUACAUGGAAGCUGGCUCGAGCUAUCCUUGCCGCUGCCCGAUACCGUUGUCUGGGUAGUCAGUAUAGCAUGUGACUGUCACAGAACCAACUCCUUUCUCGACCGACUAGAAACUAGCGAUCAAGUAGACCGGAACAUCUACAACAAAGGCACACCGCUAGUCUUCCCCUACAAGAUCAUCACGCAACGCGGCGACCACUUGAAACAGAUCGCUAUAUAUGCAAGGAAAGCAUAUAGGAUGCAUCGCCAUUGUCGGAACGAUGCAGGCGAUCGACCCGCCGGACUAUCCUCGAUUACUUUCAAGACGCUCGAAGAGAAAGAGUCGCGUUCUGAUUUAGUAGCCCUGGAUUUAUUUUCAAGCUCUCGCGCAUAUUCAGCGUCUUACUCGACUUCUCCCUCACCUAAGUUCCGGUCAACGCCAUCGAGCUCAUGGGCUUCCUGGUCUCCAGCUGUGCCGCGAGAGAAGACGAGAGGAGAAGUCUUGGAAGAGAUUAUCCUAGAACUUGCUGAUUUCUCGUCAAAUGCAACAUGGGAUGAGGCUUCUGAAGAUGUUUCGUCAGACGAUGAUGAAAAUAUUCUGCCUAGAUCACAGAGUAUUCCGUCUGAGGAGCUUGCUUACACGUUACGUAAACUCAGUCGACUAUCGGCUUGGGACAAGUUGAUGGGACGUACUGAGAUGAGGCUAGGCUACUAA